AUGGACGCGCUCCGCUCAGCUCUCCAGCCCAUCACCCACAACCUCCCCGGCCCGAUCCGCGACCUCGGCACCUCGAUCAUCGGCGAAGAGUGCUACAAGGCCAUCCUCCUCGACAUCGAUCUUGAAAACACCGCCUGCAUCAAGCUCGGCAUCUCCAAGGGUCUCGGCAUCGGCAUCAUUGGCGCCUCCUCUAUCGUCAAGGUGCCCCAGAUCCUCAAGCUCGUCGCCUCCCGCUCCGCCGACGGCGUCUCCUUCCUCUCCUACCUCCUCGAGACCGCCGCCUAUCUCAUCACCCUCGCCUACAACGUUCGCAACGGCUUCCCCUUUAGCACCUACGGCGAGACCGCCCUUAUCCUCGGCCAAAACAUCGUCAUCUCCGUCCUCAUCCUCAACUACAGCGGUCGCGCGGCCCUCGCUGCCGUCUUUGUUGCCAUCCUCGCCGCCGGUGCCGGUGCUCUUUUCACCGAUGGCGUUCUUGACCUGAAGCUCCUCAGCUACCUCCAGGCCGGCGCUGGCGUCCUCGGCGUCGCAAGCAAGGUCCCCCAGAUCCUUGCCAUUGCUCAGCAGGGCGGCACUGGCCAGCUCAGCGCAUUCACCGUUUUCAACUAUCUCGCCGGCUCGCUCUCCCGCAUCUUCACCACCCUCCAGGAGGUCGAUGACAAGCUCAUUCUGUACGGCUUCAUCUCCGGCUUUGCCCUCAACGCCGUGCUCGCUAUCCAGAUGAUUUACUACUGGAACGCUCCAUCGGAAAAGGCCAAGGGCAAGCGUAAGGCUGCCCCCGUCAAGGCUACCCCCGCCGUGGCCAAGUCCUCGGCCACACCCACCAAGAAGAGCCCUACCACUCGCCGCCGUGGUUAG